AUGGAGGAGAGAGAAAAAUCAAAAAAGAUAAUCGUGGUGGGCGACGGAGGGUGCGGGAAGACGUGUCUGCUCAUAAAAUACACUGAAAACAGGUUUGAGAAGGAGCACACCGUGACUGUUUUUGAGAACAAGACAGUUCCUUACUUGGACAAGCUCACAGGCCAGACAUAUUUUCUGGACCUUUGGGACACAGCAGGCCAGGACGACUUUGACCGCAUAAGAAAGCUCUGCUACAUAGACACAAACCUCAUACUAAUAUGCUUCUCGCUGGACAAACCAGAGUCCUUCAAAAACAUAGAAGGAAGGUGGCGAGAGGAGGUGGACCACUUCUGCAAGGAGACGCCCCGAAUACUUGUGGGGCUGAAAGCCGACCUUCGCACGACAUCAAGCGAGAAGCUUAUAUCCGAGACGCGGGCCAGGCAGCUGGCGCACAGCGUGUCCGCCAAGUGCUACAUAGAGUGCUCGGCUGCCACAGGAGAGAACGUGAGCGUGGUUUUCGACACGGCCAUAAACAUACUCUUGAAUAGGACCAGGAAAAAGAAAGACAAAGGACCCACCUGCAAAACCUUUUAA